AUAUGUCAGCAAUAUAAUCCUCUAGUCAGUUUUUAAACAACAAAGGGGUUAGAGAAGCAUCACAUGACCAGCAGACCAUUAACACUCUAAACUGCCUGCCUUGGAUGUCUGCCUUAGAAGCUGAGAGAAGCGGUUGGAGUGUCUGGAACACAUAAGCAGGCACACUAAAAGGGAAAACAGUUGAACAGUCCAACUGACACUAUUUUGAUACACAAAAUAGGAGUUCAGGAUUACAGGGUGCUAGUCUCACACCAAAGCUUCUGUCAUAUUGGCAAGAUCUGGAUUGACCUGGAGAAAGCAACAGAAACUGAGGACAACGCUCCAACAGCCAAAUACUAAUGGCUACGCAGGUGAGCACAGGGCAUCGCAUGAGCAUUUCGUGCAGCUAUUGAAGUUCUUCUGCAGUGGUUACUGAGCAGACACAUCACCCAUCCGUGUGAAUACCUAUGGAUCGCUCAAGAAUCAUCUGUUACAGGGCUGAGUGAGAGAUCCUGCCGCGUGCGGGGCCUGUGAAGUCUGAGCGAGGAUCAAGAAGCUUCGCUAAAGAGAUACACGUCCCGUUGUGCAAUCAAACCCUGGGAUACGGACUGAUCAAGAGACCGGGCCUUCCAAACGCACAUCUAGUCUGGCUGUCGGCUAUUUUUAGCUGAGCUCCUUCCAUUUAUAGACGCGCAAACAAAGGCUUCAUCCUCAGCCUUAUGGCACUUUCCUCCCGCUCAACGGAUUGAAUUACCUUGAGCCCCGCAUUCACGCUUUGGCUCUCGCUCUCUUCCGCACGACACACACCGCCUGCCUUCAGCGCCUGUUUUUUCCCCGCCGCCCCAGACACUUUUGAGAUUUUUCUUAGGCAAAUUUAGAGCUGCGAUCCGAUUCAGCACUUGUUGCUGUUCGAGUGUUUGCUUUUUCCCUCCAAACAGCCUGCGUGCCAGAGUCGUCUGGCACUCCUUAAGAGCCCAGAAGAUUAAGAAAGGCUUUGCCUUUAGAUCUUGUUCUGCUCCACUUUUCCUCCACAACAAGAUUUGCACCGUGGCAGUUUGGAGAAGAGCCCGGGGCUAACUGGCGCUGUGGGGGUCAGCUUAGAAAUUAAAGUUACUUUCCUCCAGCACGGUGCUCUGCGGUUGCCGAAGUAGCCCCGAGCCGGCUUUGGGAGCUCAGGAGCGAGAAAGACCAACCCAAUAAACCGACCCUCCCCCUCCGUAAGUGGUGUGCGUCGCUCAGGAUGGUGGACAUCUUCAGCGGGCGGGUCCUCCUCAACAAGGACGGGCACGCAGUUGAUCCCGAGGAAGCGCUGCAGAACAAGAUCGUCGGCUUGUAUUUCUCCGCCGCGUGGUGUUCCCUCUGCCGGGAUUUCACCCCCAUCUUGUGCGACUUCUACACCGAGCUGGUGGAGGAGAGGCACCUGUCGGCUCCUUUCGAGAUCGUGUUCGUCUCCUCUGACCGCAGCCCCGAGGAGAUGGCGGAAUACGUGCAGGAGAUGCACGGGGAUUGGCUUGCUUUGCCCUUCCACGACCCCUUUAAGCAUGAGUUGAAGAAGAAGUAUAACAUCACAGCCAUCCCUAAACUUGUGAUUGUUAAGCAAACUGGAGAAGUCAUCACAGAUAAAGGAAGGAAACAGAUACGAGAGAGGGGGCUCAACUGUUUCCGAAACUGGCUGGAGGGAGCGAAUGUAUUUCAGAAUUUCUGUAGCUGAACCCAAGGUGGGAUUUACAGACAAGAUAGCUUCACUACGCAUUUGGUAAACUCAGAGUCCUCAUGCCCCAACUACGACAAAAGAGGGAAUGGCCUCUGCCUUGUUCCAGUGGUCCAUGUGCCACACAGAGAUCUGUAGGGCUGAGAAAGCGGCAUACAUGCUGCCUACAUGCCACUCUUUAGCCUGUCCAUGCUGUUUGUGAAGGCGCAGGAGCUCCUUACCUGCGCAAAACAGUUGCAGUUCUACCCCAGCAUUCCCAAUGAGAAUAGCAUCUCAUCUAAGAUGACACACUCCAUAGUAGGCACAGAGCAGCCCCAACUUUGCAGGUAGCACAGGAAGGCUGACGAGUGGCACAUCAGCAGUGCAUGUGUCCCCUCUUGGGCCUACAGAUCACUGAGAGGUUUGUGGGCCACUGUAUUUUUUGCUUGGUUUCAAAUUCUGUGUGACUGGAAUAGCUAAACAUAGUUGUUCCCAAAGCACCUCUUCUUCUGUAUUACUAUUUCUGUUUUUGUUAUGUAGAAGGUUACCAAAUAAUUCCUAAUAUUACUGAAGUGUUCAGUACAAGUCAGCUUUGUGUAGUAGGGCCAUUUCUGACACCUAGAAAGAAUAUCCUCUCAAAUCUAUGCAAGAACUUUAUUUUUCAAAGGUAAAAUUAUACAGGGAGAACUUUAUAUUUCCUGACAAGAAGACUUUUUAGAGUGUUGGUUUAUAAUCUGUAUUAAUAAAAAAAGAAAGAGUAUUUACUUUAAUAAAUCUUUCCUUUAAUAAAGCUUACAUAACUUG